AUGAUUACUGUUGAUUAUCUUGUCGUUGGGGGUGGCCUUGCGGGUCUCGUUGUAGCCACCCGUCUAGCGGAGGAUUUGGACGUCCUGGUGGGUGUCCUAGAGGCUGGGCAAGAUAUGUCCCGGAAUCCAGAUGUUCAAACGCCCGCCAAUUACUACAAGGGAAUACGAAAUCCUGAGACGGAUUGGGGAUUCUUUACUGCGCCGCAGGAUGGUCUGAACGGUCGCCGUAUUUACUUGCCCCGUGGGAAAGGAUUGGGUGGCUCAACUCUCCUGAAUUUAAUGCAACUUGGGAGUUCUUCUGGUACGCAUGGAGGCAUAACGGCUUCGAUAGCAUUCGAACAGCUAGGUUCCAAGGGCUGGGAUUGGGCCGAAUUCUUGAAAUACUUCAAGAAGUCCGAGGCAUUCCAUCCAGACAGCGAGGAUAUUACAGAAUUCGGACUCAAUAUAGCCGACGAAGUACAUGGAAAGUGUGGCCCCCUGCCCAAGAUUAUGCCUCCUCGGGUAUGGCCUGUUCAUAGCCGCGUGAUGGAAGCGUUCGUAUCCGUAGGCAUACCCUUCAACGCCGACCCCGUAGGUCUCUUUUUCUUAUCCGAACCCAAUCAACCGACCCUGGAUGAUGCUCCGAAGAACGAUGGUGCCAACGCAGGAUGUUGGACAGGGACAACGGCCAUCCAUCCUGGACAACACACAAGGGCAUCGUCUGCGUCGGCUUACUACAAACCAAAUCGAGACAAAUCCAAUCUGAUUGUUGUCACCGGUGCAUAUGCCACUCGAAUAUUAUUCGAUCCCAAAGAGUCAGGCGACCUGGUUGCAAAGGCCGUAGAGUAUCAUAAGGACGGCGAAAUCCAUGUCGCGCAUGCUACGAAAGAAGUAAUCCUGUGCACGGGUUCUUUCAAGACGCCUCAGUUAUUAGAACUUUCUGGUAUCGGCGACAAGAAGAUCCUAGACCCUCUCAAUAUUCCAGUUAUCAUUGACCUACCUGGCGUAGGCAGUAAUCUUCAGGUGUUGUCUCACUACCACCGUAUGUUGCUUAAUCUCACUUCCCUGCCAUAUAGGACCAUUUGUGGUGCCCAUUUACAUGUGAGUUGGAUCCCCAACUUGAGUCGAACGAUGUCCUCCGCGAUCCAUUUAACGUCAACACACUUGAUUCCUCAUGACCGGAAGAUUUUGGACGGCGCGAACAAGCUCGACUUCUCUGGCGACCCUGGAGCAUCCGCCGGCAUGCAACGUGCUUUCCAAAUGCAGAAGGAGUGGUUAAUGAAUAGAGACGUUUCCUUUCUUGAGCUGGCCACCAUUUCUUCGUACCUCCCAAACACCAGGGCUCUACCGCUAGAGGGCAGAAACUACAUCUCCUUUAUCCUAGGUCUUCUGCAUCCUUUCUCGCGCGGACACGUCCAUAUACGGUCUUCCGAUCCCUUCGACAGCCCUAUCAUCGACCCUCGCUUCCUAAACAAUGGUACAGAUAUUGAAUUAUUCAUCGACGCUGUCAAACUAGUCCGUAAGGUUGUGAAUGCGCGAUGCAUCAAAUCGGCAAUUGUCCGGGAAACGGCGCCAGGCCCAGCGGUCCAGUUCGAUGCUGAGAUCAUAGAAUAUUUGAAAGGGAAUGUACAGACCAUAUAUCAUCCAAUCGGUACUGCACCAAUGUUUCCCCGUGAAGACGGUGGUGUAGUCGACGAAUCGUUGAAAGUGUACGGCACCCAAAAUCUGCGAGUGGUGGAUGCCUCAGUGAUUCCCCUUCAAAUCUCGGCCCAUAUUCAGCACACCAUAUACGCAAUUGCAGAGAAGGCUGCCGACAUCAUUAAAGGAGCUAGGUAG